AAACACCAAGAUCGCAUUGUUCAACUUGCUCGCCCUCAUGAACACACUCACCCUGCUCGUGCUCCUCUUCGCCACGAUGGCGAUGUGUGUGGGCCACCAGAAAAACACGAUGACUUUCGUGUAUCACCCGAAGACUGCCGGUGGAGUCAAGGGCUUCAUCCGAGUCCGCUACUUGUACCGGCAUUCCAAGUACGUCGGCGCGGUCAUCGUGGCCAACCUGGACGUCAAGCACGCUCAGGGAGAUGCCUUGCAUAAAUCAGAUGCCAAAUGCGUUGGUCCGAUCAAGCAGUUCAAGUGGCACAUUCACACCAAAUGGGAAAACCCAACGUCGUCGGGCUCCCUGUCUGCUUGUUCGCUGGCCAAGACAUCCAACCAUUAUGACCCCGAUUAUGCGUGCGGACCUGCGUCGGAACACGUGACGGAAGCCAAGUGCAAGGCUUUGACGCCUCACUACAAGUGCACGCCGCACACGUACAAAGCCAACCCGAAAGCGUGUGAGAAGGGCGACUUGUCAGGCAAGUUGGGCGAUUUCCACGUCAAGAAGGGGAAAAUUCGAGGCAAGUGGUACGACCCACACUUUCCGAAGCCGUCAGAGGUCACGCCGAGCUGGAACAUCAUUCUGCAUGCGGUCUGUGGGGCUGACACCCCUCGUUUUGUGUGCGCCAAGGCAGUCAAGUAGGCGGUCGAUGCCAGACUCCAACAGCACUUGAUGCGUUAACAUGAACGGACAAUUUCAUAUUGUGUGUCCAGAAUACAGUGUUGUUCGUCCGA